CUUGUUCGGUCGGUAUAGUGUAUCAUGUUGGCGGAGGAGCUGCUGCACGAAUAACGGCUGUCAGACACAUUAGCUAAUUUGCUAAAUUGCAGUUAGUUUGUUUGUUGCGUUUUCGCUGCGGCGCGGGAAGAUAGUCGGCGCUUUUAGAGCGCACCGUGUAUUUAAAGCCCGACUAGUCGCUGUCAGAGGGAGCGCUGUGGUGUUGAUGUCAUCAACGGACGGCAGCGCUGUAGCGACCUUCAAUUUCUAGGCAAGACUCGGAUAAACAAAGACUCCUCCUGGCUGAUUUCUCCCUCCUUUCUUUGUUUUGUUUUCUUUUGCCGGUGACACCAGCGACGAGGAUGGGACUCUACCCACACUGCGUCCUGCUACUGUUCGCCUCCACGUUGACAGUCGGGUUUGAUUUCCAUCACGAGCCCAGACCCUGGGGGCAGUCGGUUUUCGCGAAGCGUUCGAACGCGGGGCAGAAAGCCGCCGGCGUCGUCAAGCGGUCGCUGCCGGCCUGGCUGGCGGCGGCGGCGGCGGCGGAUCACAAGAUUACGCGGAGGAGCAGCGGCCAGGGCGACUGCAGAGCCGUGGAAGGACACGGCAAGGAGUUAGCGGGCAACACCCACAGUAAUACCUUCGAUGACCUGAGUGGUUCAGUGUCACUGGCCUGGGUUGGAGACGGCACAGGGGUCAUCUUGGCCUUGACGACUUUUCAGGUGCCCUUCUUCAUGUUGAAAUUCGGACAGUCCAAACUCUAUCGAAGUGAGGACUAUGGGAAAACAUUCCAGGACGUGACCAGCCUCAUCAACGACACCUUCAUAAGAUCAGACUAUGGCAUCGCCAUUGGCCCCGAGAACUCUGGGAAAGUGAUUCUGACGGCCGAGGUGUCAGGAGCUUCAGGAUACCGCAUCUUUGUCUCCACAGACUUUGGCAAACGUUUCACCCAGAUCGACCUGCCUUUUAUCCCAACGACGCAGAUCUCAUACAACCCUGACGACUCUGAGGUGCUGGUGGCCCUCAGCCACAACAAUGAGCUAUGGCUGUCAAAAAACGUUGGCAAGAACUGGGAAAAGAUCCACAAAAUGGCGUGUCUAAUGAAAUGGGGAAGAAAAGACACCAUCUUCUUCACAACCAGUUCAAGCGGAUCCUGCAAUGAUCGGGGGAUGUUGGACCUGAUGAGGACGACGGACUAUGGUAAAACCUUCAAGGUUGUUGCCACUAAAGUCUACUCUUUUGGCCUCGGCGGACGAUUCCUCUUUGCCUCUGUGAUGACGGGCAAGGGCACCCUGAGGAUUAUCCACGUGUCAGUGGACCAGGGUGACACAUGGAACAUUGCCCAGUUGCCCCCCGUGGGCCACGAGCAGUUCUACUCUAUCCUGGCAGCCAAUGAUGACAUGGUUUUCAUGCACGUUGAUGAGCCAGGAGACACAGGAUUUGGUACUAUUUAUGUAUCGGAUGACCGAGGCACGGUGUACUCAAAGUCACUGGAGCGCCAUCUUUACACCACCACGGGGGGCGAUACAGACUUUACUAACGUCACCUCCCUGCGGGGGGUUUUCAUCACCAGUGUCCUGGAACAAGAUGAGUCAGUUAAGUCAGUGGUCUCCUUUGAUCAAGGAGGGGAAUGGAUUCCUUUGAGGAAACCUGCUGACAGCAUAUGUGAUGCUACAGCCAGGGACCCAGACAAGUGCAGUCUCCACAUCCACGCAGCAUAUAGUACGUCUAUGAGCCAGAACAUCCCCAUGCUGCCUCUGUGUGAACCCAACGCUGUGGGUGUCAUCUUAGCUCAUGGGAGUGUUGGUGAUGCAAUCUCUGUGACAAAGCCUGAUGUGUAUGUGUCUGAUGAUGGUGGAUACACCUGGAUUAAAGCUCUCAGUGGACCCCAUCACUAUGCUAUUCUGGACUCUGGAGGGCUGCUGGUGGCUGUAGAGCAUAAGCCCAAUCAACCUGUCAACCAGAUCAAGUUUUCUACUGAUGAAGGACAGUGCUGGGGAGUGUACAACUUCACUGACAAUCCCAUCAUUUUCACUGGGCUGGCAUCAGAGCCGGGUGCUCACUCCAUGAACGUCAGUAUCUGGGGCUACAGAGAGACCUUUGUCAGCGAGUACUGGGUCUCCAUCACCAUUGACUUUAAGGAUCUUCUGACACGAACCUGUGGUGACAGCGACUAUGUGCAGUGGUUGGCCCACUCUGAUGACGUCAGUGACCCCCAAGAUGGCUGCAUGCUGGGGUACAAGGAGAAAUUCCUGCGUCUCAGGAAAGACUCUGUUUGCUCGAACGGACGAGAUUACCAGGUCAGCACCCAGCCAACCACUUGUGAAUGCACUCUGGACGACUUCCUGUGUGACUUUGGCUACUACCGUCAGGAGAACAGCUCAGAGUGUGUGGAGCAGCCGGACCUGCAAGGCAAAGUGCUGGAGUUCUGUCUGCAGGGAAAAGAGGAGCAGCUGCAGACUCAGGGAUACAGGAAAAUUCCAGGAGACAAAUGUGAGGGCGGAAAGAUGCCUGAGCGUAAAGAGAUCAACCUCAGUAAGAGGUGUGUGAGUGACCUGGUGGGCCCAGAACUCCUGGUGGACAAACGCACCUCCAAGCCUGUGUUUACAGUCAUAGCGGUCAUGAUCGUUCUGGUGCUGAGCAUUGCAGCAGGAUUUGUCUUUGUCAAGAAAUACGUCUGUGGUGGAAGGUUCUUGGUGCAUAGGUACUCUGUACUGCAGCAGCAGCACGUAGAAGAGAAUGGUGCCGACGAGAUGGACGAGCCGCUUGAGACCAACCACACUCCGAAUGGCAAGAUAGAGUUUCAUGAGGACUCAGAUGAGGAUCUGCUUGAAUAGCAGGCACAACCUGUCAAGCAACAGGUUUCCAGUGGACCACGUGCCGCUUGCUCCUCUCCAGCUACUUCUUCCUUUAACCUUCUAGAACUUCAGCCUCAGCUACCAGAUGAAGAGUCUGUGUCACUCUGCUGUCAUCUAUGAAGUCAAAUGAAUGUAUGAAUGCUUCCUGGGACUGACCCGCAGUUGAGGGGAAGUGAGAAAUCUUUUAAGUGUUGUGGUUCAGUUAUUUGAUUUGACUGUUCAAGUUCGAACCUCCACGUUAUUUAUUUAAGUUUAUUCAACUGGUGCAGUAAGUAAAGCUGCCAACCGAGCCAGAGUAAGAGAUUUUGAAGCAAAGCUAGUACGAAUCCAUCAUCAUUACGGGUCCUGCCUCUCCUCAUGUGGGAGUGGAAAUAUGUCUGACUUCCAUCAAGAUCCGAUUUUUUUCUUCCUUCAUGCAAUUGUACAUAAACAUGAAUUAUUUUACCUUUUUUUUCACAUGCAAAUAAUAUGGAAGGUGUUAAAACAGUUGAGGUUAACUGUCCCAAAUCACUCUAGUCUUAAAUCUUGAUUUAAAUGAAAUAUUUUUUAUUUGUAAAUUUUAGGUUUCUAGUGUUGACACCGAUUUGUAAAACCCUGUUGAGUCUCUAUGUGGAAUACAAGCCUACAUACUUUUGUUACUCUAUGGCAUUAAGAGCCAUGAUCAAAGUAAUAAAACACAUGGACAGUUCCAUUUGCUGUAGGUUUGAUAGCGGCGAACAUGUUAACUAUUCCUGUUGGUCCACAGCAUCUACUGGUACUGCUUCAUGAGUGGAGGGGCUUUUGCAUGAAACACAUGACGUGGCCGUGUAUAGAGGGGUGAAAUGUGUCUGUUUCAAGACAAGUUUAACGUGUGCAAUUUUACCUGCCUGAAGCACAAGGUCCUUUGUAUGUCUGCGAAGAGUUUGUAGUUUAACAUUUUUUCCUAAACAUGAACUAACACGCUUUUGACAAAUUACAAAUUGUGGUUCAAAGAUGUUCAGAAAUAAUUAUAUUUUAAUAAUAAAUGCCUACAAAUAUUUUUUACAAUACACUGAGAAAACCGAAGACAACAGUGUAAUUUGGUAACAAACACUGAAGCAAUGCGGAUGAUGUGAAUUUUGUAAAGCACUGCUACAUCUGUGGGAACGAUCGGCCGACGUGGCUGCAGAAGCUGCAGCACUGUUUGAUUGACCGUUUAAUUUUAUGUAAUUUUUCAAACGUUGUGUCUGAGGUGGAGAGAAUUCUUAGAAAACACCCGGGGGAAUGAAGGUUUCUCAUCUGCGUACUCUGUGUUAAACCACUGUUUUUUUUCCCCCCUUUGUAAUCAUCUUUAGGCUGCUGUCACUGUAAAGCUCAAUUCGAUUGGUCACAGCAUCUCUACAGAUCCUUCUUGUCUUCGUGUAACAUUAGUGUAUUGUUUUUAUCUUCUGACAUUUGUUGAACAGUGGUAUGUCUGUCUUCUACACCAGUCAGCCAUAACAAUAAAUCUUCCUGCUGUGGACAGAGGUCAGAGUGGGACAACAUGCAAAGCUGGCCAUGGCCCACGUGUCGGACCACUGCUGUGUAGCUGCAGGCUGGUACGAGUGGCCGCGCUGACCCGUGUCCACCCGAUUGUGUUGUCGUGGCUGAUGACUGUACGGUUUGGUUUUCUGUGACUAGCAGGUUCAGAGUGCAGUAAUCAUGUGAGUAGAUGUGGUUCUACAAGUGCCUGGUGUGGAGACUAUGAUGUGAGGCCCCCUCAGCGUGUGGCCAACAUCCAUUUACUGACACAUUUAUAUCAUAAUCAGUUUGCAGUUUCAUCCAAUAUGUCAGUGACGCCUCUAAGUUGCACUUGUUGCCUAAAAUGAAAAAGCAUUAAGUCUGUUUCAUAUUGACCUGCAUUAAAGAAUUAUCUUAUGUAAUAUUUAAAUUUCCAUAGCAUAAAGAAAUAGUUGACAUCAGCUGGUUAUUCUUUUAUGAUUUAAUACACAAAUGAAUUAAGUCUCUAAAACUUUGAAAACAAAGUCAACUCAUUAGGAAGGCAGUGGAUACUGGGAUAUUCUGUAGCAGUUACACACUGGGGAACACUUGCCUAAAUAAGGCUCACUGCAUUAGGUGGAGGUACUGUUUUCUUACAUUUUCAAACUGCUGUAUAAAUUAAUAAGUCAUUGUAAUAGUUCUGUACAUAUACAAGGUUACAUCUUUGUAUCUGCUGGUUCUCUUCUGUAUAUGUGAGGCGGUUUUCUUUGGGUUUCCCAAUAAAGUAAUGUUCCUGUA